AUUUUUAGAUACAUCUAAAACAUGGAGUGGUCUAUUUACUCAAUUCGAUGUUUCCUUACUUUUAAAUUAUUGGUUAUAUGAUAAAGUAACUCAUAUUUAUCGUGAUACAGAAAAUUAUGAAAUUAAUAUUGCUUUUAGUGCUCUCCAGUUGAUAUGGAGUACGUUUGACAGCACAAGAAGUGAAGAAUUAUACUAUAAAAAAUGUUGGCCUGAUCUCGGUAAGGUUCAUCACGAGGAUUGGGAAUAUAGAAAGAAAUUGUACGAUUUUUAUGUUGACUUUGAUAAACUUUUCGGAAUCGGUAGCACAUAUGAUAGCUUAUGCAAAGAAUAUUAUCAAAAAAUAAAAGAAAUGAUUCCUGUAUGUGCAUACUUUAAGGGGAAAUGUUUAACACCUGGAACAUACAGCUGUCCAGACAACUUUAAAAAAUGCGAAGAGAAGAAUCUUGAAACUGAGCUAAAAAAAUUACCAUGUCAUGUUACAAUUAAUGGUACAAGAGGUUCAACUUCACAGAUUAGUUCUUCGCAUCAACCUCCAGGCCACACAGAACGACCUCUAGAUCAUGCAGUUGUUCCUUCAGCCGAAUUUAAUACCCAGUUAGAAAGUGGAAAUUCCGGAAUUGGAACAAAAGUUACUCAUUCAUUUCUUGGUGCAGCUCCAGUUUUAUUAACUGCUACUGCAUUAUAUAGAGUAUGUACAUAUUUAAUAAAUAUAUAUCAAUGCAUUAUGAAUAAAUUGCAUUACAUGUACAACAAUAAUAAAUAUACUACAAAUGCCUAUUUAUAUUUUCUGAAUAAUAGUACACACCCCUCGGUUCCUGGAUUCGCAAGCUCCGUGGAGACAACACAAAUAGUAUGA